AUGGCGAAAAAGGGCGGCAAAGCAAAGAACAGAGCGCUGAACGCUCUGGAAAUUGCCGAAGCAGAGCAGAAUAGCUCCUCCGAUAUUGGGAGCGAGUCUGAGGGAGAAAAUCAGAAGUUCAAGUUAGGGGUGCUGACCGUUGACGGGAAGGAUUUUGAGGAUGAAGAGCUAGACUCUGAUGAGGCGUUAGAUUCGGACGACGACUACGAUGUUUUGAACUCCAAAUUUUCACAAACCAUCCGGGACAAGGGUGAGACUGAUACGGGUUAUGACAGCAUAGACGAGAGCGAGUUGAUUCCGCUUUCGGAAGUUUGGGCUCGAGACGACGAAGAGAUGAAACGAUCCGGUGGAAAAGAGCUUGUUUUAGAUGAUAAUUUGGUUUCGGACGAGAGCAGCAGUGAGGAGAGCGAGGAGAGCGAGGACGAAGACGUGUUUGACGAUUUGGAGGACGAAGAGAACGAUUUAUCCACUGUGAUGAGCCAGCUUCGGUCCAGAGACAGUUCCAAGGCCCAUAGAACGCUCAUUAACGACAAGACAGAAGAAAACGCAUUUCGUGUGCCGGCAACCGGCAAGAAGCUCAGUCUCGCGGAGAUGAUGGGCGACAUAGAAACGGAUAAGCCACUGCUGCUAAAUGAGACAUCUGCUCCUGAGCCAUUGGCGGUUCCUCUUCCGCAAAGCAUUCAAAAAAGACAUGAGAGACGCGCAGCCUACGAAAUCCAAAAAGAGGAGGUCGAUAAGUGGACAGACAGCAUUCAAGCCAAUAGACGGGCAGAAGUGCUCAAGUUCCCUGCCAAAGAUGGCGUCCAGCACAACCAAACGUCCUCGUUCCAGCCUGCUGAAGUUCCUUUGACGAGUCUCGAUAAGAAGCUGGAUGGAUUGUUGGAGCAGUCCAAUAUCGAGAGCAAGAAGGCGGAGGACUUGUUUGAGAACAUCGAGACUGCUAAGCUUUCCAAAGAAGAGAUGGCCAAGAGAACCCGGGAGCUUCGGCUGAUGAGAGAGCUGAUGUAUCGAGGCCAGAAAGAUGCGAAACGUCUGAAAAAAAUCAAAUCGAAAACUUAUCGGCAAAAGCUAAGAAAAGAAAAGCAGCGCAACAAGGAGCUCGUUGAAGGUUCCGACGCCGAAGACGAGGACGCCGACUACAAGAGGGCCGCGGAGCGGAUGUCGCUCAAACACAAAAACACCUCAGAGUGGGCCAAGAGCAUGAUUAAGAGCGGGAUGUCUAAGGAUAAGGAGAGUCGAGAUGAGCUGGAAGAGAUGCUGCGUCAGGGAGAGAAAUUGCGCCAGAAGCAACUCGGAUACGAUGAAGGUGAGAGCGAGACUGACGAGCGAGAUGUUGCGGAGAUUGCUGCUGAGCAAGAGGACGACGAUAUCGAGCGGUCUAAGCUGGGCAAAGGUCUCAUGGCCAUGGACUUCAUGAAGCGGGCUGAGGAGCGCGAAAGGAUAGAAAACCAGCGAUUGGCUGCUGAACUGCAGUAUGGAGACGAGAGUGACGAGGAACAGGUGGCCAACGUGGUGAAGAACGCCGGAAGAAGAGUGUACACUCCUGGAGCUGCAGCCGCUGCCGAUCAGUGGAAAAUUGUGGAGCAGAAAGCCAAGAAGGAAGCUGUCGAGGAUCAAGAAAAGAGUCUAGAGAAUAAGAUUAGAGCCAAAAAUACACCAAAGGAGACCAAAGCUUCUGAGGAAGUCAAUCCAUGGCUUGCGGACGCGGAGCCUACAAGAGGCCAAAAAGUCCGCGUUGUCGACGCCGACUCUUCGCGUGUUCAAAAGAGCGCUGCAAAGAUUAAGAAGCGGACGCACAAGGAGGCCGAAAUGGAUGUGGAGAUCACAAUUGGUGACACUCUAGAUGGCGAGCACGAGGGCGAAGGAGACGGAGAGCAAGACAUUCAUGUGUUCCAGCAAAAAGAUCUGAUCAAACAGGCCUUUGCUGGAGACGACGUCGUCACCGAGUUUGAGCAGGAAAAGCGCGAAGUGGAGGAGCUGGAAGGAGACAAGGAAGUCGAUUUGACUCUGCCUGGUUGGGGCGACUGGGCCGGAGGUAACUCCAGGAAGAAAAAGAAGAUUGUGAAGACCAUCAACGGCGUUGUGCCGUCUGAUAAGCGGAAGGACAGAAACAAGAAGGGUGUGAUUGUGAAUGAGCGGGUGAACAAGAAAAAUGCCAAGUACCAGGCAGGCUCUGUUCCGUAUCCAUUUGAAACUAUGGAGCAGUACGAACGUUCCUUGAGACAGCCAAUUGGACAGGAGUGGACGAGUCGUGAAAUCCACCAGAAGCUCACGAUGCCAAAGGUCAUUGCCAAGCACGGAAGCGUGAUUGCUCCGAUGAAAAAAGAGUAG